AUGUUAUUUAGAUAAAAGGAAAGAGUACCAGAUGUUGGUAAAGACAAUUUUAGAGAAUUUAUGAGAAGAGAGGAUGAUUCUUGUGGAAAUACAUAGAAUAUAUUACCAAAUUUCAUGAAUAGCACAAUUCAAGCAUAAACAAAGCAAUCGUAAAUAUUGUGAAACUUAAUUUAGUCAAACACCUUCAGCAUUAGAUGGAUCUAUUAAGAUGUUAGGAAACACUUGGGAUGCAUAACAUUUAGGCAAGUUCUUACAACAUAGUCAAUUUGCAUAACUAGGUGCUCGAACUAUGAAAUAAGGAGAUACUCCAUAAAAUAUGACUAUUAAGAAUUAAAGUUUUUAUUUUAGAAGUCAAUAACCUAGAUUGAUUGAAGAUAAUGUAGAUUAUCUCAAUUAAUAUCCUAUCAAUCAUUUGAUAACUUAGCAUCCACUUCAAGCAACUAGUUAAUCAUUCUUAAAAAAAAAACUAUUGUAAAUUCCUGAAAAAUAAUUUGAUGAAACAAAAAUUAAUUAUUAAACAUAACCAGAAUUAAAGAAACCUGAAGAAUAUCGUAAGGAUUUAUAAUAAGCUAAAUAAAAUUAAAUCAAAUAUAAUUAAUGGAGAUCUUAAUUUUAAGAUGUCAAUAAAGCAUAUAAGAAAGCAAAAUUAGGUUUCAAAUCAGGUUUGUUUGCUUUAGAUAAUCCAACAAAUGAAUAAACAGAAUUAUAUAAAGAAGAAUAUGAAAAAUUCAAAAAAUAAGAGGAGUAUAAAACUACUCAACAUUUCAAGAGAUUUAAGUGUAAAAUAGUAAUAUUACACAUAUAGCACUUGAAAGAUUUAAUUGUAGUAAUCCAUCAAUAGAAUUUGACAAUGUUAAACAUGUUCAAAAUAAGCCUAAUCCAGAAGAUCCUUUAUUGCAUUAAGGAUAAUUUCCAAUUAAGAAUUUUGAAAUGCAUAAAGAUUGGAUGAAGAAAAGAGCAGCCAAUUCAAAUAUAGAUACUCAAAAUAGGAUUUUUGGAAUGACAGAUAAUGAUAGAAAAGUCAAUUCAUAUAGAGCUUAAUACUUAAAGGAUUAAGAAAUGAGAGGAAGAGAAUAUAAUGCCAUUACAUUAGUGAAGGAAUGAU